GAAAUGUCAUGAACCGAGAUACGCUUUCUUACUUGCUUUUUCAUCAAAAAUAAGCUUUUCGACCACCCCAAGUAGGAAGGUGUGUGCGAAAGUCACCGUUUAUUAUCAUGGGUCGUUGGAUUUGAUUCAAAAUAUUGUCCUCAACAAGCUCAAAACAGACGAAAAUGAAUCUCGAUCAUCAAGCUGAUCAUCUCAGGAGGACUCUCCUCCAAAAGAUUUAAUUUUACUAUAUACGAAGUAUACAGGAAUAAAGACAUCCGAUCAGAGGGCAAAAAAGUGCAUCAAAGAUGCACAUUAGUGCACGGGAAAUUGAUCAUGCCGCGUUACAAAUCAACAAUCUUGAGAACUUUCGUAAACGUUAGUUGCAAGAUCGGCCGAUCAUGAACUUCACCAAGGAAUCGAAUGGGGCAUUUUUCAGCGAGUCAUUUUGGCUGCCGCAGAAUGUCACCUGGGAGGACUUCAAUCGGUUUGAGGACAAAGAUGGACUUCGAAUGCCUAAAAUUCAAGAUGUUUUUGUUGCCUGGAAAUUAGUCCCUUUCGUACUCCUUUCAAAAUUUGUGGUCGAAAAAUUUGUCGCCCCUAAGCUCGGGAAAUGGGCUGGGAUAAAGGACGAGCUUCGGGAAAAACCAGAGCAUGUGGAAAUCUUAGAAAAAGCGCACCGAGCCAAUCCAUGGGGGAGGUGGAGUAACCAGGCCAUCUCGGCACUCACAAAGCAACUUGAUUGGACGGAUGAACAAAUUCAUGAAUGGUUCAAAGCUAGGAGAAAAUACGCCACGGAAACCACAUUGGAGAAGUUUUCCGAAAGUGUUUGGCGUGCUAUGUUCUUCAUUUGCAUCAUGGUUUACGGUAUUUACUGUCACUGGUCGAAGAAAUGGGUUUGGGAUCUAAAACUAUGUUACGAAAAUUUCCCUCAGCCGGUGACAGAGGACUUAUACUGGUACUUUAUCAUCUCACUUGCCAAUUACUCAGCCUGGAACAUUUCCCAAUUUUGGGACGUGCAGAGGAAGUAUUACCGCAUCCUGUUAUUCCAUCACCUCCUUGCGGUGGCACUCCUGGUGGGCCAGUGGGUUGCCGGGGUCCAUAGGAUGGGUCUCCUCAUUUGCACUGUUCACGAUGUUGGCGACUUGUUGCUAGAGGCAAUCAAGUGCUUAAAAUACCUAAAUCUACUGAGGGCGAAAGCAUGGUGGCUAUGGAUCUUUUCAUUCGUUAAUGGUGGUCUUUGGAUCGCCACACGAAACAUCAUCCUCCCGUUUUACCUCAUACCAGGUAUUUACCGACAUGCACCGUUCGGUAUGCUUCAGUCGUUCCCGUAUUCGUGUUUCAGGGGCGGAGCUUGUAACAUCAGUUCGUUCGCAUUCAACUCUAACCAUGUCCUUGUGAUAAUGUUGUCAUGUUUGGGGCUUCUUCACGUGUACUGGACCUGUCUUAUCUUCAGAAUUUCCUACUUGGCACUUAUUGUCGGGAAACUGGAAGAUGACACACGAGAGGUAUCGGAUGAUGAAAGUGGCGGCCCAAAAAUGAAACUGAAAUCCACAAAAAAGGAAUGAUGCGGUUUUUGGCAAAGCUGAAACGAAGCUGUUGGUUGCGUGUGUCACGAAAAAAAAAUGAAGCCGAUAAUUGUAUAGAUUGGAGACAAAUUUGCGUGAACUAUAAUUUCGGUCACGUCCGACUGGUGAAUCCAAUUAUCUUAAAUUUGACUUCUAAAAUAUCUCAUAAUUGACACUGAUUCAUCGUCCAGAAAAACUUGACGCUUGUUUCAUGUUUAAAUUUUACAUUCCGGCGCCUAAGAUAAGGCCAGAGCGUUGUUGGUGACCGGAAAAGGGUUACAAGAAUCGAAGUCAUAUUUUCAGUCAGUAAAUAACUUCAUGGAAAUUCCGACUCUUAAAGUAAUCGUUUUACUCAGCUCAGGAUGAGUUUGGGUCCUUUAAAAAUACUCAACUAUUAUAUCAAGCGCUCUAUUGGAUUACCUAUUUUUUAUUUACCGCAAUUUUCCUCUAGACAAAGGGCAACAUCUAGAUAGGAAUUAUUUCGGCUCAAUUUGCAUGAUAAAUAUAAAGCCUGGAAAAAACGCAAUGUAGAUAUUUGGUUGCAUAAUAUUUUUAAAAAAUUUUAUGUCUUUAAAAAUAACCAUCGGAAUGUGUUUCGUGACAUUUUGAAUCGACUCGCUCUUAAGUUUCCGCGUCAAGAGCCGCGAAAGUGAAUUUGUAUCAUAAACAAUACCCACCCGUUGCUUGUGAAUUCUCGAGAUGUUCCUCUAGUCAAAUCAUUUACAGCGCCUACUUUGUAGUGGAAUGCAACCCGACAUACUGCCGCAUGAAUCGGUAUCGUGUCAGCGUUGCAAAGUGGCAUGGUUUGAACUAAAUUUUUACUCCUAAGAUUUCCUUGUGGAAUAUGUACAAUAUAUUUUAAGGUGCCAGAAGUUACGUGGCUUAGUGAUUGAGCUAUUGUUCUAGAAAUUUGGAACAAGUUGCUUUCUUGAAAAGGUACAUGCAGUGGCGAUUUUGCGAAUUGGCUGCACAAUUGUUCCUCCUUCAAAAUAUCGACUUUCGGCGAGACAAGCUGUCUCGCCAAGAAUCGAUUCUUUCACAUAAUGUACAUUUUCAUGGAGGAAAAAAAGUGGCUGGCUCGAAAACGAAUCGCCAGCAGAAAAUUCCAAUUUACUUCGUGCCCUUUGUGCCAUUUUUUCGGUACAAGCGAUGAUUUUGUGAUAUUAAGUCAUAAGUUAAGUUAGUUUUAAGUUAGUGUAAGGUUACUUCUAUAUCGAUUAUAAAUUUAAGAAUCAUGCCGUAUUUCAUUACCUUGUUUACUAAUGUAUAUAGCAAAGGUUUAUAAAUCCAUGAUUUUAAAUAAAAAAAGGAAAAUUCUCAACACCAAGUUGAAUUCCAGCGAAUUCAGUGUGUGCUAUUCUUCGAU